GCUAUGCGAGUGCUUGUGGGUGGCGGGACCGGCUUCGUUGGGACAGCCCUGGUCCGGCUGCUGAAAGCUCGGGGUCACCGAGUGACGUUGGCCUCGCGCACACCCGGGCCAGACCGGAUCACGUGGGACCAGCUGGCUGAGACCGGGCUGCCCCGCUGUGACGCCGCAGUCAACCUGGCUGGGGAGAACAUUCUCAACCCUCUGCGCAGGUGGAAUGAAGCCUUUCAAAAGGAGGUUCUCAGCAGCCGCCUGGAGACCACCCGAUUAUUGGCCAGCACCAUCUCCAAGGCCCCAGAACCCCCCAAGACCUGGAUCUUAGUCACAGGUGUAGCUUACUACCAGCCUAGCCUGACUUCGGAAUAUGAUGAGGACAGCCCUGGAGGGGAUUUUGACUUUUUCUCCAACCUCGUCACCAAAUGGGAAGCUGCAGCCAAGCUUCCUGGAGAUUCGACGCGCCAGGUGGUGGUGCGCUCUGGGGUUGUACUGGGCCGAGGGGGCGGUGCCAUUGGCCACAUGCUGCUGCCCUUCCGCCUGGGCCUGGGGGGUCCCAUGGGCUCAGGCCGCCAGUUCUUCCCCUGGAUUCAUAUCAAUGACUUGGUGGGGAUUCUGGCCCACGCCCUUGAAGCAAGACACGUGCAAGGGGUCCUGAAUGGCGUGGCUCCAGCCCCCGCAACCACCAAUGCUGAGUUCGCACAAGCCUUGGGAGCUGCCCUGGGCCGCCCAGCCUUCAUCCCCGUCCCCAGCAUGGUGGUGCGGGCCGUCUUUGGACGGGAGCGCGCCGUCAUGCUGUUGGAGGGCCAGAAGGUGAUCCCACGACAGACCCUGGCUGCCGGCUACCAGUACUCCUUCCCAACGCUGGAGGCAGCCUUAAAGGAGGUUGUUGGUUAAGUAAGAAAGCUGACAAGCCGACGCCGGGACCUACGGCCCUUCCCUCCAACAGUGACUUCCGGACCAGAAACUGAAUCGACAUCUGUCCAACAUGCUCCUACUUGAGCUCUGAAAUCAUUAAUUCUUAGGAAGUCCGCCUUCCUGUUUCAUUGUUUUGUUGCUCCGCCCUACUCAGCUGAGAGGCUGUCCCUUCUGCAACUUUGUGAAUCCAUCUAGGUAGGACCCUGACCCCUUCCCAAAGGAUUUCCAGGCUUGGGUUCCCUAACCGCCCUUCCCGCCUCUGUUCCCCCUUAGGCUCUGUAGAGAACACGCUGCAGGUUGAGCAAUAAAGGUUCUCACAGUA